AUGCUUAAUGGAAGAGUCAUUAAAGUAGGCACGGAAAGGUUCCAGGCCCCUGAGGCUCUUUUCACUCCGGAACUUAUAGAUGUUGAAGGUGAUGGAAUGGCUGACAUGGUGUUUCGUUGCAUUCAAGAAAUGGAUAUUGACAACCGGAUGAUGCUUUAUCAACACAUAGUUUUAAGUGGAGGGAGCACCAUGUAUCCUGGAUUACCAAGCCGAUUGGAAAAAGAAAUACUUGAUCGUUAUCUUGAUGUUGUUUUGAAGGGCAACAAAGAUGGGUUGAAGAAAUUGCGACUAAGAAUCGAGGAUCCACCACGUAGGAAACACAUGGUGUACCUUGGAGGUGCCGUUCUUGCAGGAAUAAUGAAGGAUGCCCCAGAGUUUUGGAUUAACAGGGAAGAUUAUCUAGAAGAAGGAAUUGCUUGCCUGAGUAGGUGUGGCCAAGCUUGA